GCAUCCCUCCACGGCUGGGGCAUCCCUCCACGGCGGAGACGCCCAAGCUUUAGCCUUUAGCCCGGCCGAUAGAGUGCAUGCCUUGUUCCAGAGGGUAGGACUCUUCAGAGUCCCUGCAGGGAUCAGGCAUGGCUGUCUCGACCGGCACAACACCGGGACUGCAGAGCGCAGGCACCAUCACAGCACCUGUUCGUCCAAGCUCAGAUGUGGCUUUGAACUCUGCUGUGGCGGGGCCGCAACGCCCUGGCCCAGCUGGCAAGAAGUGGAGCGAGGUGUGUGAGCAAGUGCAGAAGCCAGACGGUUCCGUGAGGACUUCGCCGCCUUUCAAGAGCGCAGCUACAGCUGGCACCUCGCCGCCGCGGCCAGGACCAGGCUUCUGUAGACGCCCUAGCCGCGGCCGCACUAGCCUGUACGGGGGCAUAACCGCAAAAGAUCCCUCGCGAGCUGGUUCCUCUCGUGGUGGGUCUUCAGGGAAGUCCUCCCGGUCGUCUUCUCGCGACAUUGCCCGAGAUGGUGAUAUUUCUUCCAGAUGUUCGUCAGGAUGUUGGGAGACGUCGACGAACUCCUCGGAGCCUGUGACGGACAUUGUCCCGUCGCCAAUGGAAUCAAAAGGCCUUUUGAUGCCGGAUCCCAUCAGGACUGGCAUCAUCCCACCAGCACUUUUGGCUGAUGAGCACGUCCCCCCUGCUGAUGCAGUGAGGGUAGAUCAGACUGAGCAGCCAGGUGCAUACAAGGUAGCUGACAGUGAACCAACUGAUCCGCUGCCUGAUUCUAGAGCAGGCAACAGCGUUUCCGUGGGGAUGCCUCUCAAGUGGGACCCCUUCGGACGAGACGGAGCUUGCCGGCAAGAUCCAAAGGCUGAAUGGACACCAGAUUCAUUGACGAAGUACUUGAAGGGGGUUGCCAUUCAAAUCGACGACAACCUGAGUCGUGGACACUUGCCGACCGCAGACCGUCUCGACAACUUCGUACAUAGACUUGUGAUUUAUUCGCAUCGGCAGUUCAAGCAUGCACCCAAGAAGGUGCGGCACAAAUUGACGGCAACCUUCACAACGCGAUUUCAGACCUUUUGGAACUUCUCCAGAAAUGAGAAGGUCCGAAACAUCACACCAGAGGAGUUGAAGGGCAUCCUUCUGGCUUUGGUGGAGAACCUCUCCCACCAUGACUUGACCCUAAGCGAACAGCCGCUAGCGCAGCCGAAGCCUAUGCGGUAUUAUUCCUACGGUCAGGUUGUGAGACCUGAGAGCACCGCCUGACACGAGAGCAAGGCAUUGUUGCCCUGGUUGGCAUCGAGCAUAUGACGUUGGCCACAGGUCGUUCUGACUGGCACUUGCAGUGGCGGCAUGGGCGCAGCAGCCGGCAUCUGAAAGCGAAGUGCCUGCGUUUUGGCAGAAGUGUUUGCUGGCUGCUGCCCUGAUGCACCAUGCUCUUGCGGUUUGAGCGAGUUGGCGACCCUGACAGUCUGACACGUGUUUACUCUCAGCAAAUGCAGAAUUGAGAAUUGCUGGAUGGGAUACAUCGGUUUGACCAAUUGGCAUAUGCCAUGCAAAUAGGCCAGUGAAGGCGAGGUUUCACACAAGGUUAGCAGUUAGCGAGGUUUGUACGUCUUGCCAAGACGUACAACUCCUUUGGUUAGUUACGAUCGAUCGUCUUUGGAAUCUCAAUGAAUC